GGAGAAGAGACGAGGAGAAGACGAGAAGAGAAGAGGAGACUGUUCAACUUUUGACUUUUCAUGUUUUGAAAAUGGGUCUGAAGCUGCUGAAGCUGAUGCUGCUCUUCUGUAUUCAGACAGAACUGCUAUGGGUUAUGGCAAAACACCAAACAAGCGAUUUCUACACUGCCAUUUCUAAGCACGAUGGAAAGUCCAGUAGAGGUGACGCUAUUGUUUACACUGCCCUGAGUUCACCUGCUGGACAUCCCCGGAAAAACAGAGCCGUUUUGGGUCCUGGCGUAACCAUCCAGACACUUCCAAGCAACAUGACACGUAUAGUGGAGGAUUCUGGGAAAUAUUACAUUUGGAGAAGUUUUGGCCCAGAUGACCAGCACACACGGGAGCUGUGGGUGGACAUGGGUGACCUCAGGCAUGGCCAAGUCCGACUCCAUGGCAUCCUGUCCAACGCACACAAACAAGCAGCGAGGGUCGUCCUGUCGUUUGACUUUCCCUUUUAUGGUCAUUUCCUGAGGCAGAUCACCAUAGCAACAGGAGGUUUUAUCUUUACGGGUGACAUUACGCACCGCAUGCUGACCACGACGCAGUACAUCGCUCCUCUGAUGGCGAACUUUGACCCCAGCUUCUCCAAAGACUCCACUGUUCAAUAUCUAGACAAUGGUGAGGUGUUUGUGGUCCAGUGGGGAAAAGUGAGACUCCAGGGCAGAGAGAAAGACGGUGCCUUUACUUUCCAGGCCGCUCUCCACAAAUCCGGAACCAUCUCAUUCAGCUACAGAGAGAUCCCUGUGGCUUUAGCUCAUAUUGGUUCUGCAGAUCAUCCAGUGAAGGCUGGUCUGUCCGACGCCUUCAUGGUCACAUCAUCCACCGCUCCAGCUCCAGACGGUGGUAAACAGACGGUUUAUGAAUAUCACCGAGUCACAAUAGAAUCAGACAAGAUUCAAAACAACUCAGCCAUAGAAUUCACCCCACUGCCUACAUGCUUGCAGCUCCACAGCUGUGAGCUGUGUCACUCUGCUGAUGAGUCUUUGGGCUGCAGCUGGUGCCAUGUUCUUCAAAGGUGCUCUGACGGCAUGGACAGACACAGGCAGGAGUGGACGGACUAUGCCUGUUUUGAAGAGAGUGAAGACUUCACCUGUGAAGAUUAUUUCAGAGAUGAAAACUCCACUGACUCAUCUGUGUCCUCAGAGACUGAAGGCAAACGUGGGGUCACUGGGGUCAAUGGGGCCACCACUCUGCAAAAUGGCUGCAAGAAAAAUGGAGCCUCAGACGGGACAAAAACGAUCCUCAAAACUGGGAAUGAUAUAAACUCUGACUCUUCGUCUCGGAGGAAGGAGCCUAAUCUGGCCAUCGUGGCCGGUGCCAUCGUGGCGCUGGUGCUGGUUCUGGCCCUGGUUGUUGUGGCUGUUUUCAUUAACUGUUAUCCAGCUGUGGCGUCUCCACUUCACCACAUCCAGAGGAGGAAUAGUUACUGGCCAGCGCUGAAGUUUCAGAACCAAAAACCCGGCUACACAGAGAUGGAGGCAGAUGGAAACGACAGGGACUGAAGAACACGACACAACCAGCACCAGCCACAAGAGGGCGCUCACCAGCCACAAGAGCACGAUUUUAGCACUUUUAAACAAAACAAAUAUAGAAAAUGUAAAUAAUGUAAAAUAAUAAUGAAUUUGCUUUAGUUCAGGGCAUCCAGCUGUUUCUCUUUCAUUACUGUUUGUAUGGCAAAACUAUUACGAAACUUAUGUGUGUCUCCCUCAGUCGUCCAGGUCUGAUCCAAACAACAAAAAAAAGAACAAAAGAAAUCUGUAACUGGACAAAAUGUUUUAGAGAGAAGACGUUUGGCUGCUCGUCCAACAGACUUCUUCAGUCCUGUUCAGAUUCUGGUCAGAGUCUGGUCAGAUUACUGCUCAACACUGCCUUAUUAAAGGACAGACGUUUUGUCCAGUUGACAGAUUUUAUAUUUUUCUUUUGCUGUUACUAAACUUGAAACUAUUAAAAUCUUAAGGCGAGUGUGGGUGCCUCUCCAUAGAUCUGACUCGUAAUGAGGUCUUGUUUCCAUGGAGACAGAUAGUUUGAAGUCAUAAUAAGUAAUAACAUCACUAUGGAGACGGGCAGAGGCUGGACUUUCCACCAGUCUUUUCCACACAUGCUGUUAUCUGGGCUUAUCCUC